UUCGUAAAUCACGCCUUGGAAUUAUUAAUCCAACGCAAUUAUGGACCUCUGGUGUGGGAAGAUAUCAAAAAAGAAGCACAGCUAGAUGUGGAAGGACAGUUUCUGGUACGGAUUAUAUAUGAUGACUCUAAAACAUAUGAUCUAAUCAGUGCAGCCAGCAAAGUCCUCAAAAUCAAUGCUGGUGAAAUUCUGCAGAUGUUUGGAAAGAUGUUUUUUGAAUUCUGCCAAGAAUCUGGCUAUGAUACAAUUCUUCGUGUUUUGGGCUCCAAUGUUCGAGAGUUUCUACAGAACCUAGAUGCUUUACAUGACCACCUGGCUACAAUCUACCCAGGGAUGCGUGCACCAUCAUUCCGAUGCACAGAUGCAGAUAAAGGGAAAGGUCUCCUUUUACAUUAUUAUUCAGAAAGGGAAGGCUUACAGGAUAUUGUAAUUGGAAUAAUUAAGACAGUUUCACAGCAGCUUCAUGGCACUGAAAUAGACAUGAAGGUGGUCCGGGAGAAGAGUGAAGAAUGUGAUCAUAUUCAAUUCUUGAUUGAGCAAAAAGGUUCAGAAGAAGAGGCUUUUUCCGAAGAUUUGGAUCGGUUUGAGGAGAAUAAUAUCCAAGAAUCCAGAAUUAGCCCAUACACUUUCUGCAAAGCAUUUCCUUUUCACAUUAUGUUUGAUAAAGAAUUUGUGGUGACACAGUGUGGGAAUGCAAUAUAUCGAGUACUGCCACAGCUUCAGCCUGGAAGUUGUAAUCUACUGUCAGUUUUCUCUUUGGUUCGACCACAUAUUGACUUUACUUUCCACGGAAUCCUUUCACACAUUAACACGGUUUUUGUGUUAAGAAGCAAGGAAGGUUGGCUGAGUGUUGAAAAGACAGAAUCUGAUGAUGAUCUGACUGGUGCUGAAAUCAACUGUUUACGUAUGAAAGGGCAGAUGAUCUACUUACCUGAAGCUGAUAAUAUACUUUUCUUGUGCUCUCCCAGUGUAAUGGACUUGGAUGAUCUGACCAGGAGAGGUCUUUAUCUCAGUGACAUCCCCCUACAUGAUGCUACGCGUGAUCUUGUUCUGCUAGGUGAGCAGUUCAGGGAAGAGUACAAACUCACACAGGAACUAGAAAUUUUGACUGAUCGGCUACAACAUACACUACGAGAAUUGGAAGAUGAAAAGAAAAAAACAGACAGAUUGCUGUAUUCAGUUCUUCCCCAUUCUGUUGCCAACGAGUUGAGACACAAACGUCCCAUUACUGCUAAACGAUAUGACAAUGUAACCAUCCUUUUCAGUGGAAUUGUUGGAUUUAACACAUUCUGCAGUAAACAUGCCUCAGCCGAGGGAGCUAUGAAAAUUGUCAACCUCCUCAAUGAUCUUUAUACAAGGUUUGACAUCCUCACAGAUUCACGCAAGAACCCUUAUGUGUAUAAGGUGGAGACAGUUGGGGAUAAGUACAUGACUGUGAGUGGCCUGCCAGAGCCAUGUGUCCAUCAUGCUCAUUCCAUAUGCCACCUUGCUUUGGACAUGGUGGAGAUCGCAGGGCAGGUGAAGAUUGAUGGAGAACCUGUUCAGAUCACUAUAGGUAUUCACACUGGGGAAGUGGUCACUGGAGUAAUUGGUCAGAGAAUGCCACGCUAUUGCUUGUUUGGAAAUACUGUUAAUCUAACGAGCAGGACAGAAACCACUGGAGAAAAAGGGAAAAUCAAUAUCUCGGAGUAUACAUAUAGGUGA